AUGUUUGUAUUUUGCUCCAAAAUUGUGCUUUCCGAUGUCACCGAACGGGCACGAUUUAUGCUCAGGAUUGCGUUACUGCUUUCAUUUUCUGUCAAUACUUAUUGCCACAUUGCUGAUGUAGACAGACUAGAGCAUGAUAUAGCCAAGUUUCUGGCGAUGCCUAGGUACACCUCAUCACAAAAAGCUCGAGCGCGAAUGGGUAUACGACACGCACUCGAUGCAAUAGGACUGCAAGCUACUACUCAUGCUUUCAUUCCAGACGAAGAGGAUGAUCUUGGUGUCAAUCUUCACGCUAUUCAGCGUGGUCCACAUUACGACUCACCAAAUGACAAAGUAGUGGUGCUAUGUGCAAACUACGAUACGGAAAAAGAUAAUCCAGGAGUCGACGAUAAUGGCUCAGGUGUAGCAGCAGUGUUAGAAACAGCAAGAGCCAUGUCCACUUUGGAUCGACUUUACAAGAGGAAUCAUACAAUUAUCUAUGCAUUCUUUGACAUGAAACACAAGAAUCUCAAUCAUGACUUACCAGUCCAAUGCGUUCUCUUUCAUACUAUGGCCGGUAGCCACGCAUUCGUCGAAGAAGUUUUGCUACCGUAUCUGAUGCGGGUCCAUGCUACCGUAACCGCUGUUAUGGUACUCGAUGGUGUACUACAUUUUGACCCGUUUCCUGCUACACAAAGCACACCGGAUGGAUUCGAAGAGGUAUUCCCCACCGCAGCUCGCGAACUUUAUGAGCACAAUCAUAUGGGAGGUUUUAUACAGUUGAUAGCACGAGCAGAUAGGGACGAUCUUUUGGUGAAACAAUUCCUUGCUGCAUAUUAUCGUUCAGCCACCAUGACAGCUGUCAACUCACCAUUUAGUCCAUGGUUAUUGCUUCUACGAUUACCUAUCGAUGCUGUUCAGUCCAAUGAGGACUUGCACAGACUACAUCCCUAUCUAUUCGCCGACCAUUCAUCUUUCAUUUUUCAUUCAACCCCAGAUAUUGACUUGCCUAUAAUUUAUUUAACUGAUACGUUGAACCGACGCGGGGUUCUCCAGUACUGCUCGCAUUGUGGAGGACUGUACAUGCUUACAAAAGAGAAUCUCCGAUUUCUUACUGUUGUUACGGAUGCUAUCAUACGAACAGUGAUUCAAAUGAGUGAAUCCGAGGCUUACACAGUCGUGGACGAGCUAUACUUCGACCAAAGUGCGAGAUGA